AUGUCAUUUGGUCCAAGAAGAUUUUUCCAACGAGUAAAUACGUUUUUUGUAUUUUUAUUACUUAUCUAGAUAUAUAUCUGUUUAACUUACUUAUAAAAAUUAUUUAUUGAAAACUUAUGAUUAUAUUUAUAGUUUCAAAUUAAUACAAUUUCCAAACUCAACUUCAGUAAUGUGUCUGGAGGACCAACUACACCUUCAGAAUUACCUAAACGCAAAAACCUAAUAACUGGGAAAGGUGGCCCAAUUACAUGGAAAACUGCUGGAAUUACUGGUAUUUUAGGAGCUGGUAUGGUUACAUACUUGUUAUACCUUAAAGAAGAACAAGAAGAAAGUUAGUAUUGGUAAAUAUCACAUUUAUAAUAGGUGUACAGGUACAGGGAAUUAUUCUACUUUAAGGCCCUGUGAUUUUUGGGAAUUUUUUUUACAAAAUGUGUUUUUUCAUGCUUAAUUUAAUGCUGCUUUAAAAAAAGUCAGUCAAACUUUGUUUGGAAGUUAUGGUCGAAAAACUUCAACAUUUUCAUUUUUAUCAAGGACUAUUUUAAAAGAAAAUAACCAUUGAUUUUUUAUGCGAAACCACAUUAGGUAGGUAACAAUGAAAAGUUAAAAAUUAUUUCGAGUGUAGUACCAGUUACAAAUUAAUGAAAGCAAUAUAAUAUUCUAUUGAAGACUAUACACAUUUUUUACCAACAUUAAAUAGCUAUAACUUCGAAACUAUGUCCUUAUUCUAUAUUCUGAAUUCACCAAAAACUUCGUUGUGUUAUUACCUAUCGAAUGAAAAAAAAAAAAUCAAUUUUGAGUUACCUUAAUAUGCAAAUAUUUGAAAUAACUUUAUAAUUAAGUUUUACAUGGUUUAUUGACAUUAACAGAAAAUGUAAGUACGAUUGGUAAAUUCUGAUUUCACCAAAAUGUUAAGCAUACAAAUACCAACAAUUUAAAAAAAAUAUUAAUUUUUGAAAGUUUUAACAUGAUUUUUAGAAAAAUCAACAAUUUUUAAAGUUUUUUGACUAUAACUUCCAAAGUUUGACUUUUUUUUUAAAACGGCAUUAAAUUGAGCAUAAAAAGACACACAUUUUGAAACAAAAAUUUUCUGAGCCAUAAAGUAGAAGUAUGCGUUAAUAUUUUACGUACCAAUUUAAUAAAAAAUAUAUAGCUCAGAUAACCAUCAUAGAUCCACCACCUCCCACACAUUAAAAGAAGGGUGGCGACCGCUACCCUUGACUGCUAGUUUCGGUACCACUAUACUUAAGUAUUAUUUCUGAACUAAAAAGGUUGUAUACAUUUGAAUGAAAAAAUAUAGUAUACAAAUCCAUUGUUUUUUAUUAUUUUGGUUGAAAUAUCAACUUAAAUUACUUAUAAAGAAAAUUCAGUUUCCUUCUAAUUAUUAUCCUAACAUUUUAAAUAAAAUAUUUCAUAAUUACAGAACAAAGAAAAGAAAGAAAACGUCAACUGGGUAAAGCAAAUAUUGGAGGUCCUUUUGAACUAGUUAAUGGAUCUAACAACAUUGUUAAAAGUGAACAAUUUUUGGGCCAGUGGAUGCUCAUUUAUUUUGGAUUCAGUCACUGUCCAGAUAUAUGCCCAGAUGAAUUAGAAAAAAUGGCAUUAGUAAUAGAAAAACUUGGUACAAUAAAAUUGAAAAUUUUUUUUAGAUAUAUCAUAUUAAUUAAUUAAAAUUAAUUUAGAGAAAGAAGAAGCAAAUACUGGUAUUCAAGGUAUUUUCAUCACAGUAGAUCCUGAUAGAGACACUCCUCAAAUAGUAGAUAAGUAUAUAAAAGAGUUUUCUUCAAAAUUCAUUGGUUUAAGUGGCACUUCAGAUCAAAUCCAACAAGUGUGCAAAAAAUACAGAGUUUAUUAUAGUCCUGGGAAGAAAGAUGUUGAUAAUGAUUAUAUUGUAAGUUUUAUGCAUUUUUCUCGUGACUGUUCAGUUUGUAUAUUUUUCUUUGUUAUUCAGGUGGAUCAUACAAUUAUCAUGUACCUGGUUAAUCCAGAGGGUGAAUUUAUUGAUUAUUUUGGUCAGAACAAAACAGCAAGUGAAAUAGUUGACCACAUUUUAUUACAUAUGUUUAAAUUCAAACAAGAGAAAGAAUCCUUAUUGAAGAAUUCUUUAGGGAAACUUAAUUUUUUGAGUGAAAAAAAAAUCGCCACCUCAUAA